CUAAACAAGACAUCGACUGAUAUCGCCGCCAGUGGUGCAAGCGGCACAAGAAGAGGUAACAAGACCAAAGGAUGAUGCGAUUGGAAGGCAAGGACGGCAGCGGACAGGCUGGUCGCGCUGAUGUGCGGGAGGGCAAAGGGGUGGUGCGGCGGGACAUAGCCCCCGACGCUGCGUGUGAUGUGCGGAACAGCCACCCGCGCCUCCCUUGCCCAUUAUCUCGGUACAGAAGAGUCAAUAGAAGCCAGAGAAGAAAAUCAGGGCUCCUGUCCCCCCACCUGGGCUUGCACCGCGCUGGUGGUGAGAAGGCGGGAUGUAACCAUUUCGAUUUCACCAGCGGAGUCGCCUCAGCUCGGCUGUUCCUCACGGCCCCUUCUUUUAGUCCUUUGUUUUCGUUUUUAUUAAUCCCUGUCCCCUUCUGGCAAAUCCGCUCCAAUCUUGCCCUUUUAGCUCCGGCUUUUACGUCGCCUGAAGAAAAGUCGCACGUCCCGCAACCGUUGACCGGCUCUCGUCAAGCAAGCACGCGGCUUGUAUUUGAGGACGCUGUCUGCCCGCCCCUGCGUCGUCGUCGCCCUACCUUUUUCGUUUCGAAGUUUGCGCGCAUUGGUUUUGAUUCAACCUUAUCCUGUCGUUCUCACUAUGUUUUCUUGAGAUUUAUUCCCUCCUUGGCUGGUCUUCUCGAUAACACACGGGCGCCAGUGGCCAUGAGCUCCAGCAACAAGCCGACUCCGUCGUCUGCAACUACUUCCAAGCAGGAUCCUCCCCGUCCACCGACAUCCUUUCCCACACACAACUCCCCUCGAGCAUGGCUCCUGACGGCAGCCCUUUCGCCCUUAGCAGUGCGCCUCAUGCGCCAACUGCUCGCCCACGGCGAUUACGUUGUCGCGUGCCUUCCGCCACAUGAAUUCGAACAUGAAGAGCGAAGCGCCGAGUUCCGCGAGCUUAUUGCCGAAUGUAAGAGCGGACGAAAGGAUCGAGAAGGCUGGAAGGAUCGCAUCCGUGGCAUACGCUGUGAUGGCCGCACUAUGAGCGGCUGCGGGGCUGCCGUCGCAGAAGCGGUUCAAGUUUUUGGCCGGAUCGAUAUUCUCCUCUGCUGUAAAUCAGAAGCCGUAAUCGGUUCUGUUGAAGAGCUAGCCACCAACCCCAAAACAAGAAACCUGGUCCGCGACCAAUUCGAAUCGAUCUUCUUUUCACAGGUCAACUUCAUCAAAGCCACACUUCCACAGCUCCGGUCACAACGCACAGGGCACAUUAUUGUUCUUAGCAGCAUUGGCGGACACAUUGGCACACCAAACAUGUCCAUGUACACUGCCGCGACUUGGGCUCUCGAGGGCUUCUGUGAUUCGCUUGCCUACGAAAUUGCGCCGUUCAAUGUGAAACUCACUAUUGUUCAGCCCAACAAGGAGAUCCAAUCCCUGACAAACCGUUUAAUCUUUGCGCCACAAAUACCCGCCUACGCACACACAAUGAACCCGGCCCCCAGUAUCCGCGAAAUGUUGUCCAAUGUUCUCAACACGGAUCCCGAGACGGCCAUGCCACCGGCACUUGACUUUGACGACUUCCCGGCAUCCCCCACUGGCGCCUCAAUCGAGCCCGAGCAGGGCAUUGGCGAAAUACUGACCCGAUAUCCGAAGCUCUCGCCAACUGCCGUUGACAAGCUAGUCGGCGAGACAGUUCACGCACUGGCUGCCAUUGGUGGCCAUGAGAACCCACCAUCACGCCAUAUUGUUGGCAGCGAGGGCGCCACUGCAGUCAAGGAGAAGCUCAAGACUGUCACUGAAGAAAUGGAAGAUUUUGUAGAAUCGAGUCUUGCCGUGGAUAUUUUUGAUAGCGAGCUGAAGAAGGAAGCCCGUGAAGGCCGCACCAGCGAGCAGUCACCCAAUCCGGGCCCUUCGACAGAGUAAAGCUGGUGAUGUGCUUUGACUUGGGCGGAGUGGCUGAGGCUUGCACAAGCGUUGUGAUAUUUCUUUCUUCUCUUUUUUUUCUUUGGACAAAAGUAAAAGCAGUGUAAACAACCAGAUGGUUGACUGGCUGGGACUGCCUUUGGAUAGGUUGGCGUUGGUUGUUUGGCGCUGCGUAAUACCCUGGGUUUGCUAUUAUUUUUUAUUCAUUUAUUAGACUGGAAGGCUGCCAGAACCUGUUUUUGGAUUAUUCAGCUAACAGCAUGAAAAUUUUAAUACAUUAUCUAAUUUAUCCUCGAAAUGCAA